CGUUCUGUCAGCACGCGCACACGAGUCCUCCACCCCGCUCACACACGCACGCACGUCCAGGCGCACACACACCCACGCACGCACGCACGCUAACCCCCCCGGCCCGCGUAGCGCACCACGGAGAGAGCAGGAGCUCACUCACACGCCCGCGGGACUUGCUCACGAUAACCUGGAGUCCUUCGCUACCGGGGUCCUGCAUCACCACCUUAAAGAGUCCUACGAAGGCUUUGGUCUUGGUGAUCAAAAGUGUUAAGCAGCCACGUCCUAACCUUGAGUCCUUAGCUCGUGGUGUCUUUCGCGCGCUCGUGGUGUCCUUCGUACGUCAGCUGAUAGUAAGCAGGGAUACCAGGCUCCUUCAAGACUUGUAGUAGAAGGUCCACCUCAACACGUGGUCGUCCUUCAGAACUGUGUGUGGAGUCGUGAAGUGAAUUCUUACGGUGUAUGACAGUGUGUGAUGAAACGGUAAACAGACGUUGAAAUUAUCCCCUCUUCAGAAAACAAAAGAGGAUCCUUAACUAUUGGACACGUGAGAGUUUUAUAUCACAUUUCACUUGAACCUAAAGGAAAACAUAGUUGACUAUUUCCACUACUUGUUGCUUUAUACCUGAAAGACACCAUUUAAUUUUCCUUUAUCAAACAAGAGCAAGAUUAUAUACAGUAAAUAUAAACAAAAGAUCAACUGACUACUAACUUUCUGGUGAUAAAAAAAAAUCGAAUAAGGAAAAUCACGAGAAAAAAAAACCCGCCCCAAGUUUGUUGACAGUGAGACAACAACACGAAGAUUAACCCUCAAGUGAACUUGUCCUGCCCCCCUCUCUCUUUUUCCCCUCACCACCACCCCUCUCCCCUCACCACCACCUCUCUCUCUCUCUCCCUCUCCUCAACACCAACACCACCCCUCUCUAUCUCCCUCUUUCCCCUCACCACUACCAUUCUCUCUCCCUUCGCUCUCCGUAUCAAGAAUGAUUAUUUCUACCCCUUAAGUAAAAUAUAAUCGCGUGAGGGAAGAUUAUUAUUGCCACUUAGAGGGAGAUCUCCAUCCCAAAGAAGACUAUUCCUACAGCGAGGGAGAUUAUUUCUGUCCUGUCGUGAAAUUGGAGGGAGGAAGAUUAAAGGGAGGAGGAUCCGACAUGUCUCCAGCGAGAGGCUUGGUCUCCGCCUACCUGGCUCUCAUUAUUCUACUCACCUGCCCUAACUCAGGAUGGAGUGUUUGCUACUUCAACCUCGAGUACCAGGGAGUAUACGCCACCCAGAGUAUCAUCAGUGGAGGCUCAGAUAUCCACUACUUGGAGGUGGCGAUCGAGGCUGACUCCAUCCCUAUCUGGGGGAACUGCCACCGGCGCCUUGGUAACAACGUCAUCCUCUACGACACGACGGGAGGAACCGACUGUGUACGUUGCUUCCACCUGGAGUUCCGUUCGCGACACAUCCUGGAGGUGCACAACGAAGGGCUGGGCAAGUGCUACACGAACGAGGAGGCUGCCUUACAGACCUGCCCUACUCUCGACGAUAUCCGCAACAGGCAAACUCGCGAAAUCAUGUUGUACAAGACGGCGACGAACGAGGGCCAGCCACUUGACCCCGUGUACUGCCCUGUUGACGGCCGCUACCACAUCACCUACAACAUCAACGACGGGCUGGAGAGUGCGACCGAAUGCCCUGAGCCCUCCUCCACCCUGGCUAACUGUCCUCGAGGCAACACCUUCACCAUGAACUUCCACAGAUGCAAAUUCGGCGAUUUUUCUAAGAGCUAUGAGUGCCUGGGUGACUGGGAGGGCACUGACGGGCAGAGAUACCUGGCACUACAUGACCCUUCGGCACUGUCCGCGGCUGGCACUGACCCUCCGCCUCCUCGCUUCCGCUGUGCUAUGUACAAGGUGGAGGAAGACACGGGCCAAGUCUACCUGUCGCUCUCCUAUGACUCAACCUGUAUCAACAAGCUACACUCAGCCUGGGAGGGCUACGAGACUCUGGUCCUCACGCCCACCCCGCCCAAAGCGCCCGUCUCUGAGGCCUCCAAUGCCAAGUGCACGUUUCCGGAGUGGGCACAGGGCCAGUGGGAGAACCUACGUGUAGAAGAUAACCAGGCCACCUACACCGACCUCAACACCUACAAGACCUUCAGGGUGUUCUGUCUCGACCAGAGUAUGGCUGGCCUUGUCCCCGUCUACACCCAGUCCCAGUGCGGCGACGAAGCCUUCACCUGUCUGGCCAUGCAGGAAAGGAGUUCCAACGUUAUGGAGUUCCAGAUCAGUCCGGACGUGAAGGAGACAUAUGAGAUGGGUCUGUGUUCCUCCCCCGCCUCUCUCACCUGGGACUCUUGGGUCACACAAGGACGAGUCGACCGGUUCCGACAGUCUCCGUGCCCGGUAGCUGGUGAAUAUACGGGGGUGAUCCCAGACGCCCCGAUACUCUGCGCUAAGCUGUACUCAGACUGUAACAACCCGGAGAUCAUGUUCUACACCGUCUUCUCGUGUCACAACCGAUCUGAGGUGAUUGAAGAGCGGGAGUACAGAUGCCUUGGUCAGUGGAGUGAGACAGGGGUGACCUACACGUACACAGAGCGGAGGGACCAGGCGGGCUACGAGUGUUUCGCCGGCGUGGUGGUGGACGACGGUGAGAUCUACAUCAUGGAGGCCGGGGUGAACUGCAAGCGUGGCCUCCAGGCGCUCUCCUACGGCAUGAAGCUGGUCAAACAAGCGCCAUGCCUGAACGACCCAGCCAUGGCACCGCGUCCCAACCUGCCGUCACCCACACAGCCUCCCUGGUGGAACACCACACGCAACCCCUGGACCAAGAAGGCGUCCCCCGCUACACCUAAACCCGGCCAGAAGAACAACACCAAGGGAGGCGGGUCCAGUCCGCACGCCCAUCUCUUUAUAGUUGGCGUGGCGGUGGUGGCUGCUGCGAACCUACACCAUCGGUGGGUGUAGGUGUAGAGGUAAUAGGUGUACAUAGGUGUACCGGAGGUAGUUCCUGCUGUGUGUCAAGGUCACGACCCUGGCCCGGCCUGCUGGUCACCGCGUUCAUCCCAAUCCAAGUUGCUUUCCAUAAGGUUGAGGGUAAAAUGUCUUCACGCAUCGC